AAAUCUGUACCCCAUAAUUCUCACGUUCUCAUUUCACUUACGCUUUCUGAAAUUCUUCAUCCCGUUUUCUCAUCUCAGAAGAAAAGUUUAGUUUUUUUUUUUUCUUUGGCGUUAAAUUCCGAUCAACCUCCAAGUUUCCAAGAGAUAGAUCAUCGAUCAUCCCACAAAUGUCGGAUCAGAAGAAUCGAAACACGGAAUCUGGAGGUGCCAAUAUUUCUGUCGAAGCACCACAAGGAAGAAAGGAUAAUAAGCUUCCCAACUUUCUGUUAUCUGUGAAGCUCAAGUACGUCAAGCUUGGCUACCAUUACGUGAUCUCCAACGCUAUGUACCUCUUUCUCAUACCAGCUCUGCUUUCUGCUUCUGCUCAUCUAUCGUCUCUCUCAAUCCAAGACAUUCUCCAGUUAUGGGAAAAUCUCCAGUUCAAUCUCGUCCAAGUCACUCUGGGUUCGAGUCUUAUAGUAUUCUUAGCCACCUUUUACUUCAUGAGCCGGCCACGAGGUGUUUACAUGGUGGAUUUUGCGUGUUACAAGCCUGACCCGGUUCGCAUAUGCACGAAGGAGACUUUCAUGGAGAGAUCAAGACAAGCAGGAACCUUCACAGAGGAGAACUUGUCGUUUCAGAAGAAGAUUCUAGAGAGGUCUGGUUUGGGACAGAAGACUUACUUCCCUCCUGCAGUUCUGAGCGUGCCACCUAAUCCGUGUAUGGCGGAAGCAAGGAAGGAAGCUGAGGAAGUGAUGUUCGGAGCCAUCGAUGAGCUUCUGGAGAAGACUGGUGUGAGGGCCAAGGAUAUUGGGAUCUUGGUGGUGAAUUGUAGCUUGUUCAAUCCGACGCCGUCUCUGUCGGCCAUGAUCGUGAAUCACUAUAAGCUGAGAGGGAAUAUCUUGAGCUAUAAUCUUGGUGGUAUGGGAUGCAGUGCUGGUCUUAUCUCUAUUGACCUUGCCAAACGGCUCUUGCAGGCGCAUCCAAACUCUUAUGCUUUAGUAGUAAGCAUGGAGAACAUAACCCUGAACUGGUACUUCGGCAACAGCCGAUCCAUGCUCGUCUCAAAUUGUCUCUUUCGAAUGGGAGGAGCAGCAAUUCUGCUAUCCAAUCGUUCCUGUGAUCGUCGUCAUGCCAAGUACCAACUUGUUCACACAGUUCGAACACACAAAGGUUCGGAGGACAAAUCAUACGGCUGUGUCUUCCAACAAGAAGAUGAUAACAAAAACAUCGGUGUCUCUCUCUCCAAAGACCUCAUGGCUGUUGCAGGCGAAGCCCUAAAAGCCAACAUCACCACCCUCGGCCCUCUGGUUCUUCCCAUGUCAGAACAGCUUCUUUUCUUCUUCACGUUAGUCGCUAGGAAAGUUCUGAAGAUGAAGGUCAAGCCCUACAUACCAGACUUCAAGCUUGCUUUUGAGCACUUUUGUAUUCAUGCAGGAGGAAGGGCGGUUUUGGAUGAGUUGGAGAAGAACUUGGAGCUGAGUGAUUGGCACAUGGAGCCAUCGAGGAUGACACUAUACAGAUUUGGGAACACUUCGAGCAGUUCGUUGUGGUAUGAAUUGGCAUACACUGAAGCUAAAAGGAGAAUCAGGAAGGGUGAUAGGACGUGGCAGAUUGCGUUUGGGUCUGGGUUUAAGUGUAACAGUGCAGUGUGGCGUGCCUUGAGGACAAUAAAUCCUAAGAAGGAGAAGAAUCCUUGGAUUGAUGAGAUUCAUGAGUUUCCUGUUCAUGUUCCUAAAGUGGAAGCCAUUGGCUCAUAGGUCAACUGAUUCUGUGACCCUUCUAAUUUGCCAAUGACGUGAAGUUUGGAAAGUGCGGAUAAAUUUGUUGCUUUAGUUGAACAGCUAUGGAAUGAUUUAAUUUGCAAUAGAGUAUUGUAGAGCGAAGAACUUUUCAUUAAGUUAAUAACUUAAUUUGAUGCCAUAUCUUUGGUUA